AUGUUGAUCGGGGCCGAACUCUUUUUUGAACUACUGAUAACUGAACGCCUAAAGCUCGACAUCGGUCAACCUAUGCUAUGGCGAUCGGAGCUCGGUUGGAUUGUUUGCGGUUCCUACAGGAGCAAUCAGAGGCCAGUGGUGGUAACUACCGCCCAUUGCCAACCGGUGGAAACAAAUUUGGAGGAUACUGUGCAGCGUUUCUGGGAGCAAGAGGAAGUUCCGGAAACGACGAAGCUGACAACCGAAAACGAGCAGUGCAUCGAACAUUUCGAGAAAACUCAUCGUCGAGAAAACGGCCGCUUUGUUGUUAGGCUGCCCUUCCGAAACAACGUAAACCAGCUCGGAGAUACACGACAUCUUGCUGAGCGGCGAUUUCUGCACUUGGAGAGGAGAUUUGUACAGUCUCCAGAGCUGAAACAACAGUACGUAUCGUUCAUCAACGAAUACUUGGCAUUAGGACAUUGCCGAAGAGUGGAGCAUGCAGGUAACGAAGAUCAUGGAUACUAUCUGCCACACCAUGCCAUUGUAAAACCGACGAGCUCAACAACAAGACUUCGCGUUGUAUUCGACGCAUCGGCGCGUUCAGACACGAACCUUUCCUUGAACGACGUGCUGAUCACCGGACCUGUACUACAGGACAGUUUGAUGGCGAUAGUCCUACGAUUUCGUCGGUACAAGUACGUCUUUACAGCCGACAUUGUUAAGAUGUAUAGGCAAAUCCGGGUCGACGAAUCCGAUUCGCCGUAUCAGAAAAUCCUGUGGAGGGACAACUGUCAAGAACCGCUGAACACAUUAGAGCUCACGACAGUGACCUACGGCACCUCUUGCGCACCGUUUUGUGCAACCGCGUGUCUCAAGCAGUUGGCGGACGACGAGCAAACGGAGUUCCCGAUAGCAUCCAAGGUAGCUCGGAAGGAUUUUUAUAUGGACGACGUACUAUCCGGAGAUGAUGAGCUGCAAAGGGCUCUGGAGUGCCAAUAUCAACUAACCGCAAUGCUGCAACGUGGAGGAUUUCGUCUGCACAAAUGGUGCGCAAACACGCCCGAACUACUCGAACGGAUUCCAGUCAACGAACGUGAAGUGCAAGCGAAGAUAGAGGAUCAUAACCCCAACGAAGUGAUCAAGACCCUUGGGUUACUGUGGGAUCCGAAAAACGAUGUGUUCCUGUUUAGAACGCGACCACAAGACGAAAUGCGAGAGUUUAAUACGAAGCGCACCGUUCUAUCAGAUACAGCGAAAAUCUUUGACCCUCUUGGGCUUUUGGAACCAGUUACUGUCGUGGCCAAGCUUUUCAUACAAGAGCUUUGGGCCCGCGGCGUGAACUGGGACGAACGAUUGACGGCAGAACAGGAAACCAGGUGGAGAAGGUUUACGCAAGACCUGCAGCGCAUCAACGAAUUGCAAAUACCGAGAAGGGCUCUCGCAGACGAUGCAACCGCAUUCGAAAUUCAUGGCUUCUCUGAUGCCAGCCAGAAAGCAUACGGCGCGUGUGUGUAUUUGAGGAGCAUUAAGCGAGAUGGCACAGCUGCCAUGCAUUUGUUGAGCAGCAAAACCCGAGUGGCACCAUUGCCGAAAAAGCCCGGCAGCAAACGGAGUGGCAAACCGUUCACUAUACCCAGAGCGGAGCUGUGUGGUGCUCAUUUGAUGGCGAAAUUGGUAGCUGCGAUAAUCGAGCACCUGGAUCUGGAAGUCCACGCAAUCGUACUGUGGUGCGACUCGCAGAUUGUGCUAUGUUGGCUGAACAAAUCUCCGGAUACCCUGGAGGUUUUUGUUGGCAACAAGGUUCGAGAGAUCAAACAGCUAACGGACGGUUUUGAAUGGCGAUACAUCAAUACGAAACAAAAUCCAGCAGACUUGGCAUCUCGAGGGCUGAGUUCAUCGGAGUUGCAGCAGUCUGCCAUCUGGUGGCACGGUCCGUCGAUGCUACACAACGCUGACUACACGUACCAACACAUCGAGCAACCCCCCUGCAACGAUUACGAACUUGCAGCUCUGGCCCACGUGUCGGUUCAGGUGCAACCAUGUGAGCUGUUAACAAGGUAUAGUGAUUUCCGCCGUCUUCAGCGCAUUGUGGCCUACAUAUAUCGGUUCCUGGACAACUGCAGGCAGAAGGACGGUGCCCGAAGGCGUACAGGAUUCUUGACGGUAAUCGAAUUGCGUUGCGCAACGCAAAAAAUUAUCUCGCAAGCUCAACUUGAAGGCUUCGCAGACGAGUUUCGGAUGCUAAGGAGCGGCCAAACGGCGAAAAGCAAGCUAUUGGCGUUAGACCCUGUCGUGAUCGCAACGUCUGUUGCUCUCAACUGA